AUGGAAAUGAGUUUCUGAAGUGGUCGCGAAACUAAAUAAAAAUAAAUAUGAAGCGAUAAAAAAAAUCAAAGUGUUUUAUUUAUGCGUAUUUUACAGUAGCAUGAAAUGCGUGAGACUUGACAUGUUAAAUAUUAAGAUUACGUUCUUGUUCCUGAUACCAUUUAUACACUUAACUGUCCAGUCGUACAACAGGCGACGCCCACCAGACAAAGGAGUCACUAAACGCUUCACAAUGCCAGAUGUUAUCAGCCCACAACUGGCUAAUUCACUAAAAAUCCCAAAUAAGGAAUUCUGCCAGAAGAUGGCUCUGAGGGGCACCGACUUUUACAUGGUGCUGCCGUGGUGGUACCACUACUGUGAGCGUCUGAAAGACAAAGAAAGAAACUCCAGGGAUAUGAAGGACAGACACAUUGUCGCUUACCAGAACGUCUUGAAAAAGGUACAAGAUUAUAAAAAGAGGCAGAAGAUUUGGGAAGAAGUUUCGGCUUUAUUACGACCUAAAAGACUGUAAAUAAAGAAAGAAACUGAUUGGACAAGC